CGUGGGAGAGAAGGGAGGGUUGGGGGAAGUGUGGAAAAGCAGAACCAGAGCGGCUGCCGCCUGAGGCAGAUUUGGUGGGAGAAGUAGAGGGGAGGAAACGGGUGGAGGGGUGAGGUGAGGAGGGCAUCUGGGUCGCUGCUUCCGGGCGGCAUAAAGUUCUUCGCGAUGUGGCUGAAGCCCGAGGAAGUGCUCCUGAAAAAUGCGCUGAAGCUGUGGCUGAUGGAAAGGUCCAACGAUUACUUCGUGCUGCAGCGGCGUCGGGGCUACCGGGAGGAAGGCGGCGGGGGGCUCACAGGGCUUCUGGUUGGGACUCUGGAUUCAGUCUUAGACUCCACUGCUAAAGUAGCUCCAUUUCGCAUCCUACAUCAGACACCAGAUUCUCAAGUUUACCUGUCAAUUGCUUGUGGAGCCAACAGAGAAGAAAUAACCAAACAUUGGGAAUGGUUAGAACAAAAUAUCAUGAAGACCUUGUCUGUGUUUGAUUCUAAUGAAGAUAUUACUAAUUUUGUACAAGGAAAGAUAAGAGGAUUAAUUGCUGAAGAGGGAAAACAUUCUUUUGCAAAAGAAGAUGACCCUGAGAAAUUUCGAGAAGCCCUUUUGAAAUUUGAAAAAUGUUUUGGUUUACCAGAGCAGGAAAAGUUAGUGACCUAUUACUCGUGCAGUUAUUGGAAAGGACGGGUUCCUUGUCAGGGUUGGCUAUAUCUUAGCACCAACUUUCUGAGCUUCUAUUCUUUUUUGUUGGGAUCAGAAAUAAAACUCAUUAUCUCCUGGGAUGCGGUCUCAAAACUUGAAAAGACUUCAAAUGUCAUACUGACAGAGAGUAUUCAUGUGUGUUCCCAAGGAGAGAAUCACUACUUUUCAAUGUUUUUGCAUAUUAACAAAACAUACCUUCUUAUGGAACAGCUGGCAAACUAUGCUAUAAAAAGAAUUUUUGAUAAGGAAACAUUUGAUAAUGACCCAAUCCUUGAUGAUCCUCUACAAAUUACUAAAAGAGGUCUGGAAAAUCGAGCCCACAGUGAGCAGUUUAAUGCUUUUUUUAGGCUGCCCAAAGAAGAGACUUUGAAAGAAGUACAUGAAUGUUUCUUAUGGGUACCAUUCAGCCACUUCAACACUCAUGGAAAAAUGUGCAUCUCAGAAAACUAUAUCUGCUUUGCUAGCCAGGAUGGCAAUCUAUGUAGUGUAAUCGUUCCAUUACGAGAGGUCUUAGCUAUAGAUAAGACAAAUGAUUCCAGCAAAUCUGUCAUCAUUAGCAUCAAAGGAAAAACAGCUUUUCGCUUCAGUGAAGUUAAAGAAUUUGAGCAAUUGGUGGCAAAACUCUGGCUCAAGUGCGGGGCAGCUUCAACUCAGUAUCACGAUAUUAGCACAGAGGUUCCUAUUAGUUCUGAGUCUGUAGACCCAUCUGAUGAUAUUGAGGUACAAUCUUUGAUAUGUCAGAGAGAAUGCAGCAAAACUGUGAACACUGAAGCCUUAAUGACAGUAUUUCACCCUCAGAAUUUGGAGACUCUUAAUUCCAAAAUGUUGAAAGAAAAGAUGAAGGAACAGUCCUGGAACAUCCUGUUUACAGAAUGUGGGCGUGGUGUUAGCAUGUUUCGGACCAAAAAGACUCAAGAUCUGGUUGUAAGAGGGAUUCCAGAGACCUUAAGAGGAGAGCUCUGGAUGCUUUUUUCAGGUGCUGUUAAUGACAUGGCUGCUAAUCCUGGCUAUUAUGCUGAAGUGGUUGAGCAGUCUUUAGGGACCUGCAACUUGGCUACUGAAGAAAUUGAACGUGAUUUGCGUCGCUCCCUGCCUGAGCAUCCAGCCUUUCAGAGUGACACUGGCAUAUCUGCUCUGAGGCGGGUACUCACUGCUUAUGCAUUCAGGAAUCCCAAAAUUGGAUACUGCCAGGCAAUGAACAUUUUGACUUCAGUAUUGCUUCUGUAUGCAAAAGAGGAAGAAGCUUUUUGGCUUCUGGUUGCUGUAUGUGAACGAAUGUUACCUGAUUAUUUUAAUCGUCGAAUCAUUGGUGCCUUGGUGGAUCAGGCAGUCUUUGAAGAACUUAUCAGAGAUCACCUUCCCCAGCUGACUGAACAUAUGACUGAUAUGACAUUCUUUUCCUCAGUUUCUCUCUCAUGGUUCCUCACACUUUUUAUUAGUGUGCUACCUAUUGAAAGUGCAGUGAAUGUGGUGGACUGUUUCUUCUAUGAUGGAAUAAAGGCCAUUUUACAACUGGGAUUGGCAAUACUUGACUAUAAUUUAGACAAACUUCUGGCAUGUAAAGAUGAUGCUGAAGCUGUGACAGCUUUAAACAGGUUCUUUGACAAUGUCACUAAUAAGGAUAGCCCGUUGCCUUCAAGUGUGCAGCAGGGUUCAAAUGUAAGUGAUGAAAAAAGCAGUCAUAUUAGAGUGGAUAUUACAGAUUUGAUUAGAGAGUCAAAUGAGAAAUAUGGGAGUAUUCGCUAUGAAGAUAUAUACAGCAUGCGCUGUCGAAAUAGGUUGUAUGUGAUACAGACCCUAGAGGAAACAACAAAGCAGAAUGUGUUGCGUGUUGUAUCACAAGAUGUGAAAUUGAGCCUUCAUGAAUUGGAUGAACUUUAUGUCAUCUUUAAGAGAGAGUUGUUUUUUUCUUACUAUUGGUGUUUGAGUUCUCCAGUAUUGAAGCACCAUGAUCCUAGUCUGCCAUAUUUGGAACAGUAUCAGAUUGACUGCCAGCAGUUCAGAGUGUUGUAUCACUUGUUGAGUCCCUGGGCUCAUUCUGCAAACAGAGACUCACUAGCUUUAUGGACAUUCAGAUUGUUGGAUGAAAACUCCGACUGCCUUAUAAACUUCAAAGAAUUCUCCUCUGCAAUUGACAUAAUGUACAAUGGAAGUUUUACUGAGAAGCUUAAGGUGCUUUUUAAGCUGCAUAUUCCUCCAGCUUAUACUGAAGUGAAGUAUAAGGACCCUUCAAAGGGAGAUGAACUUUCCAAGGAAGAAUUACUUUAUUUCAGUCAGCUCCAUGUUUCCAAGCCUGCAAAGGAGAAGGAAGCAGAGUCAGCAAAAAACAGCCCUGAAAAAGGAAAAGAAAAAGUUGACAUUCAAGCAUAUCUAAGUCAAUGGCAAGAGGAGCUUUUGAGAAAAGAAGAAAACAUUAAGGAUUUACCAAGAAUGAAUCAGUCACAAUUUAUUCAGUUUUCAAAGACACUAUAUAACUUAUUUCACGGGGACCCUGAAGAAGAGUCAUUAUAUCAAGCCAUUGCUGUUGUAACCAGCCUUUUGCUCAGGAUGGAAGAAGUUGGAAGGAAACUCCAUAACCCUGCGUCAUCAACCAAAGGAUUGUCUGGUGCAGUCUGUGCUUCUGGAGGACCCAGUGAGGGGCAAACAGAGAGCCACUUAGAGAAAGAUCCCUCCUCUCUCAGGGAAGAACCUCAGUGGUCAUUUGCAUUUGAACAGAUUCUCGCCUCUUUGUUGAAUGAACCAGCAUUGGUGAAGUUUUUUGAGAAACCCAUAGAUCUAAAAGCCAAACUAGAAAAUGCAAAAACCUCUCAGUUAAGUUCUAGAACCAGGAAGUAAAUCUUUUAACAGGAAUUGCUUAUUAUAGACAUUUACCAAGAUUCUCAUAGGCGUCAGCUUGAUUUCUAGGAGUAUGGAUCAGGGAUUUUCUUGUUACCAAUGUAUUUGAAGGUUAAAAAGAAGAUAUUUGGAAGCACAAUGAUUCAUUCCUUUGUGGUGGUGUCUAAUUUUGAUAUUCUCUAAUACAAAUAUACUUUUUAUAUUUCACAAGGUAUGCAAUAUCAGGGGGAGUAUGCUAAAUGCUAAAUUUUACCACCAGAGGGCACCACCAUAUCACUUUUAGCAAGGAAAUUACUAGUUUGUGCUGCUAUUUACAUAUGAAUUACUGAUGAUUUUUGAAAAUGUGGUGUUAUGUUUGAGUGUUAGUGAUGCUGACACAUCAUAUUGAUAAAUCCUACUUUCCAUAUUGCCUCAGUCCUAUUAGAAUGCUUUAGAAAAGCAGGCUCUUAGAUCUGUAGCCUUAAUUAUCUAGAAGAUUACCAUAUGGGAACCUCAUUUUCACGUUAUCUAACUGAAAUAAUACUAACUUUUUAAAGUUAAUCUCAUUCAGUCUUCUAAUAAUAAAUGGCUUUUUAAUGAAUUCUAUCUUCUCCCUACCUGAGCAGUUCAGAAGCUGCUAACACACUUGUAGCUCUGUUACUGAUAAAAAUAAAGAACUCAGAACUCUGGGCCGAUACAAGGAAAAACGAUUUUGGAUUUGGAUUUGAGCUGGUUAAAGCCAGCCAAUUCAGAAGGGUUAAUAAACAGUACAAUUAACUGUGUACAGGUCUCUCAUUAGACUGAGAAAUUACUUGAAAUUCCGAGCACUGCUCUUUGUGGCAUUUGUCUCAGAGGAGCUUGAGACUGCUUUGGUUCUAGUUUUAGAUUUUGGAUUUUCACCAGUCAUAUUUUAAGUUCCAUUAGAUAGACUGAAUUAUUGUAUUAGUCUGGCAAGUUCGUAAAGUAUAUAGGCAUACCUCAUUUUAUUGUACUUCACUUUAUUGCGCUUCAUAGAUACUACAUUUUUUUGGUUUUUGGUUUUUGGGUUUUUUUUGGCUGCUGCAGCUUGCAGGAUUUUAGUUGCCUGCAGGGAUUGAACCCAGGCCCUCGGCAGUGAAAGUGCAGAGUCCUAACCACUGGGCUGCCAGGGAAUUCCCACAGAUACUACAGUUUUACUGAAAAUGAAGGCUUGUGGCAACCCUGCGUUGAGCAAGUCUAUCAGUGCCAUUUUUCCAACAACAUUUGCUCACUUUGCAUCUCUGUGUCACAUCUUGGUAAUUCUCGCAAUA